CCUUCUGCGCAGCUGAGAGGAAAGCUGUCAAAAAAUUAUGCAACAUUUCGUGCGGGGUUGAAGAAAAGAUCGGUUUUUUGGGUUGAUUUUGCAAGAAAAUCUAGUGAGUUUUCCCAGUUUCACAUUGUUAAUUACAAUGGCAUCUCUCGUGCGUGGUGUUAGUAGUGCAUUUAGUCGAAAUAGAUGCCUGAUUCGUGUGGUAGCACCGAGAAUUGCUGGUGUAUCUGCCGUUUUGCCACAGAGGUUGCUUCACUGCGAAAAACACCCCAAAACUGCCACCCUUCUCAACAAUAACAAUCAGUGGCAAAUGAUUGAGAAAAAAUAUUUUGCCACAAAGCCGAGUAUCGAGGAGAUUCGGACACGAGUACUGAAAGUCGUUGCUGCUUAUGACAAAGUCAAUGUGCAUGGCUGGCAGUAUCAGAUUUUGAGAAACUACUCAGCCAAACAGCCUCUCACGAUCCAAUUUAUCACGGAGCGCGUUCUCUUGGUGCUGAAGUUGUACGACAAAAUUGACCCCGGAAAGCUCACAGUUGAUUCACACUUUAUCAAUGACCUGGGAUUGGAUUCCCUGGAUCAUGUGGAGGUGAUUAUGGCCAUGGAGGAUGAAUUUGGCUUUGAGAUUCCUGACCAUGAUGCCGAGAAGCUGAACAGGCCAGCGGAUAUCGUGCGAUAUGUGGCGGAUAAGGAGGAUGUUUAUGAGUAAAUACUGAUUAUUUUGCUACAACCCAGCAACUAAAACAAAGCACCCAGAAUGUGUAAAGCUAUCAUGUCUACAGCUGAAAUUGAGAAAUAGAGAUGGAAUUUAGAGAAUAAAAAUCUCCAAGAUGAUUUUUCCCAAAAGA